AUGGAGCCUCCCUCGCCUCACAGCCCGGGGACCUCAGCGCCCUCUGGCGACGCAUCGUCGCCCACACUCCCCCACACCGUCUCGGGCGUGUCACGCCCCCUUCCCCUUCACAGCGACUCACCUCACCCCGCUGACAGGUUUGAGCUGCCCUUCGUCUUGCAAGACCAGGUCAGCCUCAUUGCUGAUUCUUCGUCCCAGAUCCGCGAACGGUGCGCCAUGGCAACGGCGGUCCCAGACAGCCCGCACCGGCAGUCCCUCCUGCUGGAGGCUAUCGACAAGGACCGCGAGACUCAUGGUGAAGCACCGAUCUCGAGUGAAGGCGCAACACUGCUUGCCAACGUCGCCGACGACCUCCUGGCACUGGGAGCGACAGGGCUUGUAUUUGAUCCAGCCAACCUCAGCUCGCAGUGGACCCACAUUCGGCCGUCCCAAAUCAGCAGCGCAGACGCCCGCGGAAAGAGGAAGAGGGCGGCAAGCGAGUCUGGAUCUGACCACGGCACGACAUACAUUUUAUUCGAGGGCGACGAGCAGCACGAGGACAUGGGCUCAUGGUUUGGCCCUCGCAUCGACCUUUGGCAGCUCGUCCUCAAGACGGAAGACGAGGUCCGGAAACAGCUCUUCCUUGUGAGCCACUAUCUCUCGCCCGUCCGGCUACCCCGGGUCUGGGUGUACUCUGGCGAGGCGGCCAAGUACAUCUUUGGCAAUGCUCUGGCGGACAUGUUCCGUCCCCUCCCGUGUGGUCAACCGCCGCUCGUCAAGGACGCCUACUUGUCGUUGCUCCACACCUCAGCGACGCACAAUGUCAGCGGCAAAGUGGGUCGUCCCGUUGCGAUUGGAGUCGGUCCCCGGGACUCUGACUUCUGGGUCAUUGCCAUCUGCAACUUCCACCCUGGCACCCUCAAAUACGAUCCUCGCAUGGAGACGGCCACGCUUCCCGUGAUGCAGAUCGUGGAGCGCAUCAAUGUCAAGGCCGAGGCCGCCAUCGUCGAGACUGUCAAGACCAAGGGACCUCCUCCAACCGGCGACAAUUAUCGAUGGCUGAUCGACUGUCGCCAAGCGGUUCUCGCAGGCCUCGAAGAGUCGGGCUUGAUGCGCGAGCUGGACCAUGCUGUGGAGGCGUAUGACGCUAUCGUGGCGGCCCUGGGGAAACUCCGGCUUGUCAAAGAGCCACAGGCAAAGGGCGAUGAUGACGCUCGCGAGUUGUCGGCGGGCAUGUCCCACGCUCGCGAACUGUGGGCAACGAAGCGCGAGGUGCAAGCGGAAGACAUCUUGGAUUUUGCCGAUCGCAUCGAAGAAACGGGCCUCGCCGACUUUGUCCCCCAUUCGCUGCCACUGUUCUCCCGCCACACCCGGGCCGAGGCGAAGGCAUGGAUCCUGUCAAGCCCCGCCACUACAUACAACUUCACCCUCGCGGCUCAAGCGUCCCACAGCCACGUCACACGACUGAUGGACACUGAUGGCCGUAAGGAGUAUGCCAAGUACCGCUUUGCCGAAUCCAACCAAGCUCGGCGCGAGCUCGAGUGGAGGUCGGCCGUCGACAAGAAGGGAACGAGACUCGACACGGACUCAAGGCACAUCCGACGGUGCUGUCCUGUCCUCAGUAAGUCCGAACCCCCGUUCCAAAAACUGUCCAAGGACGACCUCUGCGAGAAACGGAUCUUGCACUCUUACCAGGCUUACGAACACGCGCUGGAACUCGGACAACUGGACCCCUCGGUCAACACGCCAGCUGCUCUCAUGUGGACAACCACAACGGACCUCCUUGUCCAUUUGCCGACGUUUUUCCCACCCCUCUUCACCGCGAUCACCGCCCAGCUCCGCGCGAUCCAGGCGGCUGCAGCGACCUCGAUCAAGGUCCUCAUCCACCACAACUCGCUGGCCUGGAUCAGGGCGUCGGCUGCAGCCAGCAGACAUCAGUCGCCGGUCAUCGCUCCGCUGCCCAACCCAGACGACAACACCCAUUUGUACAAGUCGCCGUCGGUGAAGGCGCUCAUCAAACAGCUCCUCCCUAGCCAACAAAAGCCCCUCUAUUCGUACCCUGCCCGGAUUGCCCCUUCUUCACGGCGCUGCCAAAGGCCGCCGAGGUGCAGCAUGUCUGCCCCGGUAUACGGCAUGCAGCUGCUGGGAUACGUAUUACACUGGCAGACUUAUGUGAUACCCAUCCCCCUCCUGGCGCGCCGCAUGACCGAUGAAAAACACACUGUGCAGCCGUAA